UGCGGUGUACUCGUGAUCGCAUACCUCAAAUCUAUAUUUCAAGUUUAGCAAGUCUUGAAAUUGUGAAGUCAAGUCGGUCACAAGAUUUCACUGAAAAGACAUCGUCUCGAAAACAUUAACGCCUGGUUCUCUCGCUUCACGACAAGCGACCUCAUAGAUCGAGCAUCCAUCCAAUUUUUUUCCUGGCUUUGUGAUACAGAAGAAAAACAAUAAUGGUAUCCCUGAGCGAGACUGGCUGGAGGCGACUGAGCGUGGGGGUGGUUGGAGGCGGUAUCGGUGGUUUGGCCACUGCUAUCGCGCUACGUCGAGCCGGUCACGAUGUUAUCAUUUAUGAGCGUCACGAUUUCGCUGGAGAGGCUGGAGCCUCGGUAUCUUGCGCUGCCAAUGGUACCCGCUGGUUGCACGAAUGGGGUGUUGACGUGGAGAAGGGCGAUCCCGUGGUGUUGAAGAAGCUCAUCAACAGGGAUUGGAAAACUGGCGAGCCCGUCAGUGUCUAUGAUCUUGACGAUUACGAAGAGCGAUGGGGAUACGUCUACAACAUGUUCCAUCGGCAAUAUAUGCACAAAAUGCUUAUGGAUUGUGCGUUACAGGAAGAAGGUGCUGGAGCUCCAGCAAAGUUGAAAGUUAAUCACGCGUGUGAAACUAUAGACCUAGAAUCCGGCACUAUCAGGUUCACGGACGGCACCCAGAGUCAACAUGACUUGAUUGUUGGAGCAGACGGCAUUGGAUCCGUAACACGAAAAAUCAUUGGCCUGAACCCUGAGAAACGACCUGCUGAGUCUAGCUGCUUACACGCCAAUGUCUUGACAAAAGACGCCAGAAAACUUGGCCUUGUGGACUACUCGCUCAACAGCGCACUUGAAUACUGGGGUGGUCAAGAGGGCAAGUGGGACAAGAUUGUGCUUUCGCCGUGCAACGGCGGCGAGCUCCUCUCCUACUAUUGCUUCUUCCCUCGCUCAGCAGGUGAUUAUGCAAAUCACUCUUGGGGAGGUGCCGAUCUAUCGGUUGAGGAGCUUCUUGCACCGUAUCCUGAGCUCGAUGCUCAGGUGAAGGCUCACCUUGCUAUAGGCAUAGAAAUUCAGCCUUGGCGUUUGUGGGUACACCAGCCUUACCCGUACCUUGUCAAGGGCACUGUUGCAUUACUUGGAGAUGCUGGUCAUCCGAUGAUGCCCCAUCAAAGUCAAGGAGCUUGUAUGGCCAUUGAAGAUGCAGCGGCACUGGGCAUACUCUUCAGCAAGGACUACUUUACUGGAGACGUGAAAGAGUCCCUUGCUGUUUACGAAACAGUCCGCCUCCCUCGCGCCACAAGAGUUCAGUCUUCCGCUGCCAAGGCUGCAUACAAUAUCAAUGAACGCAUUGGCUUUUCCAGCAACACAACGUUCUCCAACUACAAAGUAGAGGACGAAGCGAACAAGUUGACCAUCGAAGAGAUGAACGGGUACGAUAUGUACAAAGACAUCGAUCAAGUGUUUGCUGAGCGAAGAGGCGUGCCAUAUACGGACAAAUAUGUUAGAGGGUUGCCAUUUGGACUUGGGCUGUAGAAUGACUUUACUGCCAAUCAGUCUACAACAUUAUAAUACGGAUCAUAGUUGCUGGGAUGACUUGUUU